AAUAGCUGUCCAAAUUGCAGUCUACCCGGUGAUGACUGUCCAUUGAUAUGGGGAAAGUGUAAUCAUACCUUCCACAUGCAUUGUAUACUCAAAUGGCUCUCCUUGGAGUCCUCAAAAGGACAGUGUCCUAUGGAUAGACAGCAAUGGGAAACUCAAUGAAGAUCUACUAUACCAUCUUGUGCACCAACCGCCAUCAUGUCGACGACGACGACGACGUCAGACGAUAAAUCUUUUAAAUCUGCUAAAUCUACGUAUAAUAAUUAUUUAUUAAAUUUUAAUUUUAAUUCAAAAUAUGUCAAAACGUCGGUAGAAGAGCUCGUUGACAUCCCCACAUUAUCAAAAUCUAUAGAGAAGAGCGUAGAGAAGAGAAGAUUGCGUAAUUUAAACCGCAAAAAUCAUAAUAAAGGCGCUAUUGAAUUCCGUAACUUGGAUAGUCCGUUAUCUUCGAGCUUGGAAUCUGAGAAACUUAUACCUAUACAUACCAGACAACGUACUCAAUCAGAUAGUGUAUCUAAUAACAGCUUAAUAUACAAAUUAAACCAUAUCAAACCUAUAUCAACUGAAGACUUGAUGUUUAGAAUCAAGCCAAAGUCAGUAUCAACAGAUGACAUUAUAUACUCCAGUUUGAAGUCUGAAUCAGUCGAUGUUAAAGACAACAAUAGCGUCGACUUCAGACAUGAUAUACUUUACAAAGCUAUCAACGCAAGUUUCGGUGAUGAGAACACGCCAACCAAUAAAUCCAAGUCAAACUUCCUCAACACUGAUCCAUUUAAUGGUAAUAGCAGUAGUUCUAGACAUCGUCAUGCAAGUACUACAAGUACGAGAACACCACAGAUGACACGCAGGAAAAGCUCUCUCUCAUUAUCUAGGCCGAAACCGACCAUUUCAGUUGACGUUAAUCACGUUAACCAUAUAGAUUUCCCUAUUGGAACAGGGUCAGCUGUGGACGUAAAGCCAAUAACAUUAAACCCAUUACCUGUAUCAAAUAACACAACGGCAUACCAAAAACGUACUUCAACAAUACGUAAAUCACUUUCAACACCACUUCUAUCCGAGCAAGAUAACAAUGUCUUGGAGUCACCACCACUACCUAUACUAUCUAGACAACUCUCAAAGAAGACGAGUCAUUCUUCAAUACCAAAUUUGAAAUCUUCAACUAUAGAAAGACGGAAUAAACCACCCGCUUUAGAAUUAUACCAAUCUACACAUAAAGAAGUUGACAAUAAAUUGAAAGGUCGUCAAGAGCAUCAUCGUCAGGAUUACAAUCUACUCUCACCAGAUACUAAUAAAUCGACUCAUAAUUCGUCUGCAACUCAAGGUCAAAUGCAGUUGUCGCAAGGUAUGAAUUCAAAUUCAUGGGCGACUGGUAUAUCAUCGGAAACUUAUUUCGCCAGACCAUCACAAGCGAAUCAAAUCAUGAAUGGUUUACGCAAUAAACUGUCAAACCUUCCAAAAUUAACCAGAAUGAGAGCUGAAACUUUGCCAUCACCUAGCCCGACGACACCGAAUAGCUUUGAUCCAGUUUACGCCAAUGGCGUUGGUGUAGCUGUAUAUGGUUACGGUGGUGGAUUUGGUAAUGGUGGCUAUGGAUAUAACAAAUCAGCUGGCGGAAGCUCAAAGUCUCCUAAUAGACUCAAACAGCGACCAUCUUCUUCACCUACUUUCCCAACUAAUAGCAAUAGCAGUUAUUCAGUUGCGAGACUGAAAGGUAUGUUAGAACAACAUGUCGCACAGGAAAGGAAUAUGUGGCAUACAAUAGCAUCAAAC